AUGUCGGACAUGAAACUGACCCUGGCUUCCAAGGCCAACCAGGCCGCCUUGCUUCCGGUCCUGCUGGUCGCAACCUCCAUCAAUGAGGCCCGCCCCACCCCGGUGAUCUCCAUCACCUACGAGGACGCCGCCGUCCUCGAGCAGGGUGACAAGGCCGUGGUCCAGUUCACCGGAGUCAGUGGCUCCCCUGCUUAUGGUACCGAAAAUGCCAUCCAGGAACUGCGCAAGAAUUUCCCCUUCCUCAAUGCUAAGGAUGAGAAGCUGGAGAGCGAAUGGCUUUCGCAGCUUGAAUCCUACACCACGCUGGACUUCAAGGCUAUCGACCCGCUGCUUCAGCGCCUUAACACCCACCUCAUCCUGCGCUCCUUCGUGGUCGGCUACUCGCUGUCCACCGCCGACAUUGCCCUCUGGGGUGCUCUCCGGGGAAACCGUGUUGCCAUCGGUGCGAUCAGAAAGGGAUCUCUUGCCAACCUGACUCGUUGGUUCGGCUUCCUGGAGUCUCUGUGCCCCUGGGCUAGCGCGGCCCUCGAGAGCCUUACUGCCGCCGCCAAGGAGAAGAAGGCUUCCAAGGCCAAGGAGACCGGUGCCAACUACGACAUUGCCCUCCUCAACACCGACAAGGGUGUCGUGACCCGUUUCCCUCCCGAGCCCUCCGGCUACCUCCACAUCGGACACGCCAAAGCCGCGCUUCUCAACGAUUACUUUGCUCACGAGAAGUACCCCGGUACUCUGCUGGUUCGAUUUGAUGACACGAACCCUUCCAACGAGAAGCUUGAGUUCUCCGACGCCAUUCUGGAGGACCUUGCUCUCAUGGGCAUCAAGCCCGACCGGCUGAGCCACACCAGUGACUACUUCAACGAACUGUACGACUACGCCCUUCGGAUCAUCAAGGAUGGAAACGCCUACGCCGAUGACACCGACAAGGAGACCAUGGCUUCCCAGAGAAUGAACGGCGAGCCUAGCAAGCGCCGUGAUGCUUCCGUCGAGGAGAACCUUGCGCAUUUCGAGGAAAUGAAGCAGGGUACGCCCGAUGGUCUGAAAUGGUGCAUCCGUGCCAAGAUCUCCGUCGACAACCCGAACAAGGCCAUGCGCGAUCCUGUCAUCUACCGCUGCAACCCUUCGCCGCACAUCCGCACCGGCGCGCAGUGGAAGAUCUACCCGACCUAUGAUUUCUGCUGUCCCAUCGUGGACUCUAUGGAGGGCGUGACCCAUGCCCUUCGAACCAUCGAGUACCGAGACCGGAACCCUCAGUAUCAGUGGUUUUUGGAUGCCCUCAAGCUCCGCGACGUCCAGAUCUGGGACUUUGCUCGCAUGAACUUCGUUCGAACCCUCCUCUCCAAGAGAAAGCUCACCAAGCUGGUCGACCAGGGCGCGGUGUCCGGCUGGGACUCGCCGCUGUUCCCCACCAUCCGGGGUAUCCGCCGCCGCGGAAUGACCAUCCCGGCCCUGCGUGAGUUCAUUCUUAGACAGGGUCCCAGUAAGAACAUCAUCAACCUUGACUGGACUCUCUUCUGGGCCAUCAACAAGAAGCACAUUGACCCCGUUGCCCCUCGCCACACCGCAGUCCUGAAGAAGGACAUCGUGAAGGCGACUGUGACCGGAGCUCCCGCCGCUUACACCGAGGACAAGCCCAAGCACAACAAGAACCCUGCCGUCGGUACCAAGAAGGUUGCCUACAGCGGCAGUCUCGUGUUCGACCAGGAGGAUGCCAAGAGCUUCAAGCAGGACGAGGAGAUUACGCUCAUGAACUGGGGCAAUGCCAUUGUUCGCAAGAUCGAUACCGACGCCUCGGGUGCGGUCAAGGAGUUGGGACUGGAACUCCAUCUGGCGGGUGACUUCAAGAAGACCGAGAAGAAGGUCACCUGGUUGUCCUCGGAGGGCCAGGAGCUGAUCCCGGUGGAGCUGGUGGACUUUGACUAUCUCCUCAAGAAGGACGUCAUCGAGGAAGACGAUGCGCUCGAGGACGUCGUCAACUACCACGCCGAGUCUCGCGAGGAGGCCGUGGCUGACGCCAACGUGGCCGACCUCAAGGAGGGCGAUAUCAUCCAAUUCGAGCGCAAGGGUUACUUCCGCCUGGACCGGCCUUACGCGCCCGGAAACCCGGCCGUGCUGUUCAACAUCCCCACCGGCAAGACCGGUAAAUAG